AUGGUGGAGCCUCUCAUCGAGCACAGGCUGCUGAAACGCCUGCGCGUGGCCGAGCUCAAGGAGCUGCUGGAGCAGCGCGGGCUGAGCACCGAGGGUAUCAAGGAUGAGCUCGUGGCGCGAUUGGAAGAGGCGCGGAGCGCGGAAGAGGGCGGCGGUGCCGAGCCCGCUGUCGGAACCCCCGCCGCCGAGGGCGAAGACGCCCCCGCCGUGGAGGCGCCCGUCGAUGAGGGCGCUCCCGCGGACGCCGCUCCCGCCCAGGUGGAGGAGGUGCUCGAAGCUUCGCCGACGAUCGAUCCCGCGCCGACGAACGAUUCCGAGGUUUUCGAACCCGGGGAUCCCGCCGGGGCUGAAGGGGGGGAACCGGGGCCCGCCCAAGAGAUCAUGCCGGACGCCGCGGAUGUUGAUGCUGUCGCCUCUGAGCCCGUCUCGCUUCCCUCGGCGGCGCCCCUCCCGCCCGUCAGCUCCGCCAAGCUGGAUCGCGCGCGCGCUAGAAUUCAAGCCAACCGCCACGAUCUGGACGCGUGGGAGGUGAUCUUCACCGACGCCCAGACGCGCGGGGUUCCCGAGGGUAGAUCGCUGUUCGAGGAGGUCCUCGCCGCGCACCCGACCGCGAGCAGGGUGUGGAGGGCCUACGCCGAGGCCGAGAUCGCGGGCGACACCGGGGGAAACAGGGACGACGAGGCGGUUAAGGCCAUCUUCAGUCGGUGCCUCCUCUCGUGCCCGUCCGCGAUCCUGUGGCGCAGCUACACCAAGUACAUGGAGAAGACCAACGACGCGGCCACCGAGGAGGGCGUCCAGGCCAUCAAGGCCGCCUUCGAGUACACCGUGGACACCGUUGGCGAGGACGUCGAGAGCGGUCCCCUGUGGCUCGACUACGUCACCUUUCUCAAGGCGGCGGACCCCGCGCACGUGUGCCCAGACGCCAAGGCGGAGCAGGCGGAGUCCGCGCGCAUGCAGGAGGUGAGACGCGCGUACCAGCGCGCGAUAUCCGUCCCAACGAAUUCCAUAGACGCGCUUUACCGCGAGUACGACGCCUUCGAGCACGGGAUCAGCGCGGCGCUCGCCAAGCCGCUCCUCGCCGAGGUCAAGCCCCAGGUUGACGUGGCGAGGGCGGCGCUGAAGGAGCGCAAAAAGCUCCACGACCAGCUCGUCGUCGGCGGACUGGCGGGGCCGCCCGGCACGUCCAAGGAUGAUAAGAGCCCGGACGCCCAGGCCAAGGCGUGGCGCGCCAUGAUCGCGUGGGAGAGGUCCAACCCGCAGAAACUAGCGCCAAACACAGAGGCUGGCGAGAUGGCGCAUCCGCAGCUGGUGGCGAGGGUGGCGCUCGCCUACGACCAGGCACUCAUGUCCCUGUGGAAUUUCCCAGACAUCUGGCUUGAGUUUGCCGCGUGGCAAGAGAUCAUCGACCACGAGGAGGCGAAGGCUGUGCUGCAGCGGGCGAGGGACGCGCUGCCGGAUUGCCUGCUGGUGCACCUCGCCGCCGCCGACCUCGUCGAGGCUCGGGGCGACGCGGCGGCGGCGGCGGCGGUUUACGAUGCCGUGCUCGGCGAGUACGAAAAUAAGUGCGCGGCUGACGCGGCUGCUGCGAAUACGGACGGCGCGGAAGACUUCAAAUACGCGCAUCCGCCCAUGGACGACGCGACGCUGCUCGUAUCCAUCGAGUACAUGCGAUGCGUGCGGAGGAUGCAGGGCCGGGAUGAGGCAAGAAAGGCUUUCAUGCGCGUGCGCAAGGCGCCGGGAAAGCGCUGGGAGACCUUCGUCGCCGCGGCGCUGCUGGAGUGGCGCUACGAUAAGAACGACAAGGUGGCCAGGAACGUCUUCGAGCUCGGCCUCAAGUCGUUCAUCUCCCAGCCGGCGUAUGUGGCGCAGUAUGCCGAUUUUCUCGUCGGUUGCAACGACGUGGCCAACGCGAGGGUUCUCUUCGAACGCGCGACGGCGGCGGCGGGGGAGGCGUCCGCGGUCGCCGCGGGACUGGGCGGAACGGAUAAGGAGGGUAAAUCCGCGGCGGAGAAGGAGUUCUGGGACAUGUUCGUCGCCUUUGAGCACGCGCACGGGACCAUGGAGACCAUGACGGGGGUUGAGCGACGCCGGCGGGAGGCGGUGCGCGGCCCGGACGCCGUCGACGGCGCGCCGGAGCUAAUCACCGCGCUCCUGGGCCGACACUCGAUCUUCAACCUCAAACCCGCGUCCGAGGAACACAUGCGCCACUUCGCCCGCAUCGGAGUCGACCUGGCGAAACCCGGCUCAAACCCGGGGGCGGCUCGAGCGGGGGGAGUACCGACUCCUCCGCCGCCGCCCCGUCUGCCCCCGCCGCCGCCCUCGGGCAGGUCCAAGGGGGUGAAAUCGUCCGGGGGGGCGCCCAGCAUGACGCCACUCCCUCCGCCCGAUCCAAUGGUCACCGGUGUGGUGAACCCCCGGUUCGCCCACCUCCCCCGGGAGCUCGGGUCGUUCGCGUCGCGGCUUCCCGCGGUGAACUUGCCGUCGGUGGCGCCAUCCGCGGUGGACGCGGUGAUGGACACGCUGAUAAACUCGGACUUCACGGCGGAGGGGGGUCAGGCGAUCGUGGAUGCUUUCAACGCGAGUCUCGGCGGCGGCGGCGGCGGGAAGAAGCGCAAGGCUGCCGACGCGGGUGUUGGCGCGAAAGCACCGGCGCGGGGCGCUCCCCUCACCGCGGCUUCGCAGCGCCCGCCCGCCAUGGACGUAUUCCGAAUGCGGCAGGCGGUCCGGCCCCGGACGGACCAGGCGGAAUUCAGCUAA